GAUAGGGUUUAGUACGAAUACAGUGGUACAAAAUGUGAGAUAGUAUACGAGCGGCUCGUGCAUCGUAGUCCAAUUAGAAUACUAUUUAACGAUACUCUACUGCUACGCUCCACUACACUAAUUCGAUAUACGGGCCAAGAUGAACUGCUACUUUAUAGGUGCACGAAGAUAGUGUAAUGAACGUAGGACUGUCCACGUACGAUGGUUUGGAGAAAGAGACAAAUUCUAAUAAUGCAUUGGAAAAUGGAGGAGGAACUACAAAGAAGCUAGCCAGAGGUAUAUCUCGAGCAACUGAAAAUGCUGCCAUUGUCUCUUAUGCUCGUUCUCAAUUAGCAACUAUAGAAUCUCUAGAUACUCCGGAGUUUACAUUUUCACUUCCUGAUCUAACUGUAUAUCCAGAUUCAUUUCGACAAUUUUUGGAAAGAGAUCUAAUAGAAGGUGGGUGCUUAACUUCAUUGGAAGCUGCUGGUCGUUUAAAUUGGUGGUGUGGGGGAUGUAAAAAUGGAAGUAACAGAGUUUUAUGGCCUUUGGCAACAUCAGGAGAUGGCAAUUGUCUCCUACAUGCAGCUUCUCUUGGCAUGUGGGGCUUUCAUGAUAGACUUCUUACACUCAGAGAAGCUCUGUAUAAUACAUUGGCUAAAGGAGAAUAUAGACAUGCUUUGUUUAGAAGGUGGAAAUGGCGUCAAAUGGGCUUAAAUGCAGCUUCAGGUUUAUCUUAUACAGAGGCAGAAUGGUUAACAGAAUGGCAAACCAUCGUAGAUAUGGCUUCUCCUAUUCUCAGGAACCAAACUGCUACUUCCUACCAAAGUCUUGAAGAAGUACAUAUAUUAGCUUUGGCUCAUGCUUUAAAGCGGCCUAUAAUAGUUAUAGCAGAGACUAUGUUAAAAGAUGCAGAAGGUGUAGCUUUAGCACCAAUUCCAUUUGGUGGAGUGUAUUUACCAUUAGAAGUAUCUCCGACGCGUUGUCAUAGAACCCCAUUGCUUUUAGCGUAUCAUUCAGCUCAUUUCUCUCCUCUCGUUACGGUGGAUGGAGCGAGUGAUUUUGGAGAUGGUUGUAACGAAGGCGUUAGCAUACCUCUUAUAGAUCCAGAUACAGGUCAACUACUGUCAGUUUUAUUCGCGGUAGAUCCAGGACCUGAUUGGGAUUGGGAAGAAGGUUCGCGAGACUUGUUAAUUUGUCAACAAGAUACGAUGGAAAUUUUAUUGCGGCAAUAUUUAGACUGCGAAUAUCAAAAUUUCACAUCGGAAGAAAUCGAGAGACUGUCAGAUACUGAUGGUUCACUUUCUAAAACCGCGAAACAAUUGCUUGGAGUUGCUAAACAAUUCGGAUCAAUUGGAAAAUCCGUUAGUAAAAGACUGUGGUCUAUGACAAAGAGACCAAAGAGUUUACCAGCAACGGCCGGUGGUCUUUCAACGGAAGGUUUGUUAUGUGUAAGGAUCAGAAGUAGACGUCAUCAAUAUGUGGAUCAGAUGCUUCAGAAUUACCUCCAAUGUGCUCACGCAAGAUAUCUCCAAGAUCAUAAAGUCGACGAGACUGGGAGCGAAAUGAAUUAUGGUGCUGGCAAAUCUAGGUUCUAUACAGCCAGCGAUCAAGACAGCCAUGCAAGCGUCAGCAAAUUGUUACCGACCAAUCCGAAUAAAGAUCGUACACUUUAUCUUUCAAGAUCUACUUUUUAUAAUGACCAACCAUCAGUUUAUAAACAGAGGCCAGAGUCAUGGAAUGCUAAUAGUUUGGAGGCUAAUGUCAAACAAUGUCGCAAUGAAGACUGUCAAUUUUUCGGUUCUGCAGAAAAUGAUUACUUCUGCUCACAAUGUUGGGCAAACCAACUUUAUCGUUGAGAAAUUGCUGGUCUCAACGAUACAUGACAAUAACUCUUUAAUAUUGCUCGAGUUAAAUGACAUAUAAUCGGAUUUAGGCAUAACACUAGCCAUUUUAAAAAGUUGCUUAAAAAGAGAAACUGUCUCGCCAGGUUUUCUUCUUCCUGAUAUGUUAAUUCAUUCUAUUUAGUUUUUUUAUUUAAAACUAGGCAACAUACCAGUGAUUCUCGUAUAUCGUGACAAUAAAACGCUUUCUCUUUUAAGAGCGUAUGCGCAUGGUCUAAUAUUGCACUUGUCAUUCAAAUUUUGUUCACACAUAUUUAUCGUUAUCUUUCUUUAUUUAUUACUAUUUAUCUUUCUAAGAAGCAUAUCAGAUAUACAGGGUUUAUCUGUUUCUGAAACAUAUAUACAUACAUAUAUAUAUAUAUAUAUAUAUCACAGCUUAAAAGUCCAUCACAUAGCUUAUAAGACCGAAUCAUAUUAAAUAAAAAAAGUAUUAUAUUUUCGCAAAUAACGAUAUGUCACUAUUUUCAUGACAAGUAAACAAUUCCUAACUUUUUUGCACGUGCCUUCUGUCUCGCAUAAUACAGAAACUACAAGUAUACAAGCAUAAUGAUAAUACUCGAUUUUCAACGCAAUGAUGAAAAUGCCAUUUUCUGUCGCAGCUAUUUCUAUCGCUUUCAAUAUACAUAAUGCUUUGUAUAAAUUGAUGGCGCUUCACUUAUUUACUCACUGCUUCAGUGUGUCUAUGUAAGAGAGCGCGAAUUUGAUAUUUAAUAUUAUAAUAUUAAACUGAUAUCAAAUCAUUCAUUGUAUUCAGUCUCGUUGCCUGUUGGCAAUUAUUUAUGUAAAAUUGUGUGAAAAAUAAAACAUAUUUUUAUA